GGAAGCUAACGGAAGGGGGCAGCACUGAGCCGUCUGCCGCAACAAGGAGAAGAAGAUCCUGCUUAGUGAACGGGAGGGGGUGUCCAUUUUAUUUACACUAGAGAAAUAGCUUUGUAACUGAAAGUCGGCUUUCUCUGGCUUUAAAAGUUAAAAAACAGAUUUUUAGAGAUGAGCAGUUCAGAAGAAGUAUCGUGGAUUUCCUGGUUCUGUGGACUGAGGGGGAAUGAGUUUUUUUGUGAGGUGGAUGAGGAUUACAUCCAGGACAAGUUCAACCUGACGGGCCUGAAUGAGCAGGUUCCUCACUACCGCCAGGCCCUGGACAUGAUCCUGGACCUGGAACCAGACGAGGAGCUGGAGGAUAAUCCCAACCAGAGCGACCUGAUUGAGCAGGCGGCUGAGAUGCUUUACGGCCUCAUCCACGCUCGCUACAUCCUCACCAACCGAGGCAUCGCGCAGAUGCUGGAAAAGUACCAGCAGGGAGACUUUGGAUAUUGUCCACGAGUAUAUUGUGAGAAUCAGCCCAUGCUUCCCAUCGGCCUGUCGGACAUCCCAGGGGAGGCCAUGGUGAAGCUCUACUGCCCUAAAUGUAUGGACGUUUACACCCCCAAGUCCUCCAGACACCACCACACAGACGGAGCCUACUUCGGCACCGGCUUCCCCCACAUGCUCUUCAUGGUUCACCCUGAGUACCGACCCAAAAGGCCCGCCAACCAGUUUGUCCCCCGUCUGUACGGCUUUAAGAUCCACCCCAUGGCCUACCAGCUGCAGCUGCAAGCCGCCUCCAGCUUCAAGAGCCCCGUCAAGGCCAUCCGCUAGGAGCAACGAGGAGGAGGAGGAGGAAUGUGGCGAAAGAAUCACGUGGAGAGGGGUCAGCUGUAUUUUCCCCAGAUGCCCCCUCGCCACAAUGGAGACUGUAUUAUUUUUGUUUAGAUUAGCCCAAAAGAGGGAAAAAGGGUAAAGAUUUAAGUGUGAAAUAGACAGAAGAAUAAAACACAUUUACAUUUACACAGCUAUGAUAAUGGUGAGAAACACACACACACACAUAUACACACACACACACACGUAGACGGAGCCACACACUUUAGAUUCACCGAACUCAUCCGUGCCAAAAACAGAAGGAGGGAGGAAGCAGAGGGACGGCGGCGCUUCGUGGCACUGCAGUUUGUUUCCUGGUGAUCCUCCAUCUUUGCUGAGCUUCCUCUCCCGUUUGGAUGCUGCUGGGAGGCGUUUUUUUUUUUUUUCCCAUUUCAUUUUUUCUUCAUAAUCACUCAUCGAAACGGGAAAACACGGAGCUAUUUCCGAGGAGGUUGUGUGGAACGUUGUGUUAAAUUUGCCUUAAAGUGCAUAAAAUAAUCAAGUCCGACUUUUUGAGUCGUCACAUAAUUGUAAUUGUAAAAACCUGCAUGUGAAAGCAGCCGCCAGUAAAAACGCAGCUUCUGCUCUGAAUGUCGGCAGAUUUCCUCCCCGCGUAGAUUCAGCUUCGUCGCAGAAACGUUUCAUCCGUUCAGAAACUGAAAACGCUGAUAAAUGGUUUGUAGGACUCGCUGUUUGUCAACGCAGCUGGUUUUAGUUUGUUUCUUUCUUUCCUCUAACAAGGAAGCUGUAAAUGUGACCUUUUGACCCUGCUGGCUUGUUUGGUUUUUAUUUUUAGCUAAAAAACUUGAAGUUAAACUUUGAUCUGAUUUCUGUUUGUUUCUUUAUAUUCAUUUAGUCCCUUUAAAAAAAACCCCACAAAGAUUCAUAAUCGGACUUAAAAUAUGUCAUUUAGUUCGAUCAAACAUCUGAGUUUAACUUUCUAACUUCGUCAUCUAACAGAUAAAAAUCUGCCAAUAAAGAGGAUUUUAUUUUGAUUUAUAUUUGGAUGAUCUCAUCAAAGUAUUUUUUUAUUUGCAGUUUGAUUGUUUUUGCUGCUGAGAGCGAACCUGCGUAGUUUUGCAGAUUGUUUUAGUUUUUAAAUAUAAUACUAAAUCUCGAUUAGACGCUACAGAAACUAUUUUUGAGAAUUUUUACAAACAAAAGCGAUCACAAAUUGAUUUAAAUCACUCAUUUACUUUAAGACACUCCAGUAUAUUUUUGAAAAAAUGUAGUUUUCUUGUUACAAUAGUCGAUCUGUGGUCCAAAAAACUAAAUGAAUCAGGUGAUUAUAAACCUCCUCUAGCUCGAUGUUUUCGUCCCACAAAGUUUACAAACACUGAUGGAAAUUUUAUGAAGUAUUUUACGGAUGCUGAACUUUCUGAAGUGGACAUAUUGGAGAGGUUUUGUUUGGUGUGGGGUCACAGGGUCACUUCAUUUCCCUAAAACGGCUUCCUGGACGUGGCCUGAACAGCUUUGUGUUUCUUCUAGUUGUUUGUAUUUAUUGCCUUCUGUUCAUCGUUCUGAUCAAAUAUCAUGAUUAAUCCAUUUGUAUGUCUGCUGAACAGUUUCUGCUGCAGCCCUUGUGGUUCUGAUCCGCGUUCUGGCCCACGAUCAAACCAGAAUAAUGAAGCUGAAAUCCGUAAUCUGUUUUGGCACUGAAGGUUUUGCUAGAAACACAAUGUGGUAUCACUUUAGCCCACCUAGAUAUUUUUCUUUACGUUAAUUUUGUCAAAUUUUUUGGGUUUGAUUACAUUCACUGACUCUGACCUCCUGGUUUCUACCUUUUUUGCUCUUUAGCUGCCCCAUAACCGCAGUAAAAAACUCUUAAUUCAUAAAAUAAAUAAUGAAACAUAAACAUGUCAAACUAUUUCUGAGGAGUUCGACAAUCUGAAUCCAUCAGCUCGUUCUUCUGCUGCACCGAUCCGACUUCAGCCUCUCCUCCGUUUUUAUUUAUGUUGAGCUUUAGAGACGGACUCUCCACACCUGUUUACGUUUUCUUGUCACUUUUCCCCCAGUUUUUGAUAGAUUCAACAGACCGCCCUCCUCUUUUGUGUGACUGCAACUGAGUUUUCGUUUCAAGACACAAGAGAAACUGUAUUUAUGUGUCCAGAUUUUAACUCAUGUUUGUGUUGUUGUGUUUGUGCGACUGGAAGGCUGAGCAGGAUUCGGAAACUCAAUAAACUUCUAUUUUCUUUUCA